AUGUCAGUAUCACUCAAACUUUGCAAUGAGGUUUUGAUGAAGUACUUUGGAAAACCUGAGGAAGUUUACCCUCUAUAUAUUGCAGUGUAUAUCCUUAAUGGUUUUCUCUCGGUGACCGCGGUUUUCGGAAACGCAAGCCUAAUUUUUGCGCUAAGGAAAACUUCAUCAAUUCCUUCGUCAACGCGAACUCUACUUCGGUUCUUGGCGAUAACAGACCUUACAACUGGGGUACUAGAUCAUCCACUCUACAUUGCCGUAAUUUCAAAAAUUCUACAAAAUUAUAGCUGCGAGAACGUACAUGAAAGUUUGCUAGCAUUUUUCUUGGUAGAUGCUUCGUUAACUAGUUGCUCAUUCAUGGUGGUGACUUUCAUCGGAGUGGAUAGGUUUCUUGCAAUUUAUUUGCAUCUUAGAUACAAUGAACUAGUCACUACAAAGCGAAUAAUCACCGUGGUACUUGCGUCGUGGACUUUUUCCCUGGCUACCAUUUUCAUAAGUGUCUUCUGGUAUUUUAAAGUUGGAGAAGUGGUUUUGCUUAUUGUUGCUUACUGCUCCACGUUUUUGCUCAGCAUCAUAUACAUUAAACUUUUUCUUGUCGCUCGACAACACGCAGCGAGCAUAAACAGCCAGGCACAAGUGGCAAUGCAUCUGUCAAGUUUCACAAGCAUGGCUCGAAUCAAGAACUUAGCCAUCAAAACCUUUUACGUAUAUCUUGUAUUUUUGCUGUGUUAUUGUCCGUACCUAAUCACUUUAACUGUUUUGCUAGUGAGUCCUCAGCCGAAUGCGGCGAUAAAGGGAGCCAUACAGCUUACAACAGUUCUAGUGCUGCUCAAUUCAUCGUUAAAUCCAGUCGUUUUCGGUUGGAAAAUGAAAGAAGUUCGACAGAUCGUUAAGAAUGAUUUAAAAAAUUUCAUGUUUUGGAAAGCAGAAGAUGCUGUAUAAUCGAAAGUUUGCAUUUCUUUCCGGCAUUUUACUGGUAAGCACAUUGGGUCCUUAAGAAGGCGCUUCACAAGUUUUAAAAAUCAACGAGCUUACAUACACUUUCAAUAAAAUGUAUAUCUCAGUGAAGAUCUUUCAGUCACAAAAGUCUGACAGUGACCUAUUUGCUUGCCAAAACAGGUUUUUUAAAUUUAACAUGAAAUUUUUUUUUAAUCUCGUAAUUACUGAAAGUAAUCGUGUGUUUUUAAACAGUUGAUAAAAAUUUAAGAUAACUGACAUUGAAGUCACGAGCACUUUAGAGCAAAAAUAACAACAACAACAACCAAAAGAAAAUAUAUCUUGGUUUCAGUGCUCAACAAACUUAAAAGUUGCAGUAAUUUAUGCUUGCCAAAAGUAUUUUAAAUAGCUGUCAAUUAAAGCUCACUCAUUUAUAUUUGUUUACAACCUUAAUCGUUUUUACAGGUAAUGUGUCUUUCUUACUUAAAAGUUUUCAAGUUGUUGUUCCCUAAAAGAAAAUCCUGAUAAUUUCCUUAACAGUUAGAAACAAAGAAAAAAAAAACAGUUAGACUGAGCUGACCGGGAAGGGUGUUCCGCCGUUAACAUUCAGCGGGCUCAAGGAUUUUCACUUCCUGCUUUUUGUAGCAUUUAACACACAGAUGGUUGAAUGGAAGUAAAGAAACUGAAGGAGACUAGAUAGCGAUGUUCGCUGGCUAACCUAACUAUCAUUGCAUUAUGCCGUUUUGUGUAGUUUUGGGUCCGUCUUAAUUGACCGUUGCAAGAAGGUUUAGUUAGGUUGUUGGCGGUAUAGAGCUUUAUGCGCUGGUCGUGAAUCGAGUUCACGAUCGGAUCGGAUCGAUCAGUUCAGAUGUUUUAAUUACCCUCGAUAUCGAGCUGGUAACUUGACUCUUUCACAGCUUUUUUUGCCACCAAAUUAGAAACGAAAACAAAAAAUUUCCAAUACCUCACCUUAGUGUCAUGCUUAGCCAACAACUUUCUUUGGGCGUCCCUGGAAUAUGGACUAUCUUUUCGAUUUGUUUCUCAUGUAUUUUUAUUUUUAUCAUCAUCCGCAACAACUAAUUUGUAACGUUUUUCUGUUUUACUCAUUGAUCUCAGGUCAUCAUAUCAUUUCGAGUAUGCCGAUUAUAUUGAUAAGAAUUGUGUGAUAUAGCAGUUUUAUCUAAAGGGAUCCCGGAAGAACUGCAUUUAAGCAUUUACGCAUGCGCAGAAAAUUCAUUACCGAUACCCGGGAUUUGAUAUUACUGAGUGCCUUCCUGAAAAGAAGGACUUAUUUCCGCUUUGGUACCCAAAAAAUAUCACUCACUGUACCAACAUAGAGUUCAAAACCUGUGCGAAUUUUUAAUUUUCAGUGAAGAGCCGAGAUUUGUCAUCUAGUCGAGAACAGCUUUUUCUCCACAGUCAAGAGAUCUCUUUUAUUUAAGUGAACAUUGUUUUUCUUCAACUCUUAAUCACAACUUUUCACUGACCCGAUCUAUAUCGAACCUUGAUCAAGGCCUUCAAGAAGAGCAUAUAAAGCAUUAUCAGAUACAAAACACGGAUUGUUUUGCUCAGGCCGGCCGAUUUAUAUUAUUUUCAGUAACUGUAAGAGCAGGUCAUUAAAUUGGAAAAGGGCCUGACCUACCCUUUCCACUUUAGAGGACACAAAAAAGAACUCUUAGUUUUAAAACAACGGAAGAUGCAUAUAAGGAUUAAUUGAUCUUUGAAUGCAAGUGAAGUAUUCCAUUUUUUUUCAUGAAUACAGUUGUUAUGUUGUGCUUUUUAAAUAAAUCCAGCUUGGUCAACAACUUCGAUCUGUCUUCAGUUUUGCCAGUCGAUCCCGUGACAUAAAUUGUGACAAACAUAACUUUUUUUUUGGUUGAAAUCUGCAUUUAUUGCCAGGCAUGAAACCCGUAACUUCAAGCUCCCCUGAGAUAUAUUUGGCGAUUAUGUGAAUGCAGAAGAAUGGGUUAUGUGCUUCUGGUGAAUGUCAUGGUAUAUUGCUGAGCGAACAUCAAAAUCAGUCAUGCUGGGUAUGCCAAUUUCACGCCCGGCAUGCAAAACCGGACGAGCAAAAACUGGGAAUGAAUCAUCAGCCCGGCGAGAGAUCUAGGACCUAAGUUUAGGGCUGCGAGGGCAUGAACCCAUUUUUUCCAUGCCUAUGAGAUGUUAUUUCUAAGUACCAAUGGUCCCUUUCAUUUUGUCAUGCCCUUUAAUUUUGUCACGGCUCUCUCAUUAAUCCUCACUGAAUGCAAUUUUUACGCUCGCUAGGCCUGUUCAAUUGAAAAUAAUGCCCAUACCCUCAUUCAAAACAAAAUGCUAUCAAAUUUUAGUUUCCAAGCUGUUCGCUUCGGAGAAAAACACAAGCUUAGAAAUGCCACAACGCUCAAAGUAACGGGGACCCGCUACCGUUCGAAACUCUACGGUACCUCAUUACUAAGAAAACUUGCGAGAAAAUAAUUUCUCAAACUAUGUUCAAAUGUGUCUACGCGUGACGAAUUGGGGAUAACUGGUACUACUGAGAUCCACACUACGGUCCCUCCAUAUGUAAAUGUGCUAAUACUGCACAAGGGGAGAGUAAGAUUGUUGUUAGUGUACUUGUGACUUUCAGAUCUCUUUUUAAACAUGUUUGCAAAGUAAGUUGGUGCCUGAUUGCAUACACUUGAACAUCUGAACAGCGUCUCUUAAGCCCGAAAGAUUUAAGUACUGGAAGAAUCUUAAACUCUUUGAGUGUUGGCGUUAUGUGACCGUAUUUUCUCUUCCCUAACAGUCUAAAGGCAAAGUUCUGAACUAGCUGAAGUUUCAGUAGCAAUGUUCAAUUUGCUAGUGCCUGACCACACAGACGAACAAUAAAAAAGCCUUCGAGGUCCUUGACAGAGUCAACAACGGGCAAUUGCUCGGAACAUUAAUUAUGGAUAGUAUGGCCAAUCGCUCCAGCACCUUGGAAGAGCCAAACAGACAGUACUGGUCUUUUUAAGGUUUAUGAGAACUUUAUUUUCACAAACAACAAGAGGAUGAAAAGCGACUUAAAUCCAGUCGUAGUUCGACAAGUCCUCCAUUAACAUAUUUAUUUUAAAGUUAAUUGCAUAAUGCUUAGAGUCAUCUAAAACAGUGAAAGUGUUACAAACUGAUAGAAGGUCUUUUAUGUAGAACACUUGAAGGGGAUGAACCCUGUGGACCUCCAUGCUUGAUCGAGGGAAGAGUAAGCUGUUGAUUCGGACGCGUUGUUUUUGUCAGUCAGAUAGCUUUGGGACCAGGGCAAAGGCAAUUUAGAGACACUGAGAUUUUGUAAUUUUACUAGCAGUUUCUGGUGGUCAAGGCUAUCAAAUCCUUGCUUAAAUCCAGUAUUAAGACGGCUGCUACCUUUUUUCACGUCGAUAGCUUUGUACAAGUAGCGAGUGAAAAGAAUCCCCAACAGUUCCGUAGAAUGACCGAGUGAAAUAAAAUUAACGUAAGUCAACCCUGACCAUUUUUUUUUCUGAAAUUAAAUGUUAAUUAAUUGACCAAGUGGUAAUGAGUAUAAGAAAACCACUUCACGUUUGGAGUGCCUGUCCGUUGCACUACGAAAUAUGAUUAUGAAGGCAAAUAUCAUUUCAAACGCCAAAUUUAAAGUUAAAUUACUCAAAACUUAAAUUUAAUUAACUCCAAGUUCAUUUGCUCCAAAACUAAAAAGUACUGAAUAUAUUUUUAAAUUCGUCACCGAAUCGCCAAUUUCGUUUGUUUUACCUUAUUAUACCUGACGCUUAAAAAAGGUAACCUUUGAGGGUGGACCCCCCUCCCUACCCCCUUAUGGGCCGCCAUCAUAGGGAGUGUCCCUAUCUAGGGGCAAGCGCGCUUCAAUAACGACAUGUGCAUGAAAUUAUUACGUAUAGUAAUGGUUUGAUCGGAAUUCGGUAUUAUUGUCAGCUUUAAGAUAAAGAUAGGAUUUUGCUGGUAUUCGUCACCUGGUAUACAAUAUAUCUGGAUACAGGAGCAGCCUGGUACAAGUUUUAUUUUUGUUGUUGUUGAACAACAUUAUCUUAUAAACUCCUUUUUAAUCUGGCAAAUUCUCACGACUGGCUAAAACCAUUUUCCCUGAUUCAACCGGUUGCUUCCAAUGACAUUAUGAAAAAUUAACGACUCAAGAACUAGCUGACUUAGCUUUCAAAAGUUCACUCAUUGACGGUUUAUAUUCUUUUUUUUAACACGCUUUGAUAUUCAAGAAUAUGUUUGACAAAUUCAUUGUAAUCUCACAGGAGGCCAGAGGAAACAUCAUUGGUUUUUAGAUCAUACCGCAACGAUACAGCAGGUUGAAUCUUUAUUAGGUAAUUAGAAAAAGCUUGCUUGCCAAAAGUAAUUCAUUGGGCUGUCAUACUAGUUUGCUUUUACGGUUUUAAUAUUAAAAUUUUUAGAAAAUUUUUUUAUGUUUGUUUGAACUGCUUUGUUAGCAUAAAAUGGAUUAUAUUGCAAAUCAAGAGAGAAAAAAUAAAUGUUUCCUGGAAUUAAAGCGAAAAAAGGUUGGUGUUGUCUUUGGUAAAAAUUGCCUGAUUGUCACAAGACGCUUCGCUCAGUUCAUAUGUUUCGUUUUCCUCAUUCGUAGCCAACUGUUCAAUAAAACGUCUUUCGUCGAAUUUGUUGAUGAUCAAAAAAGAAAGUGGAUGAGCAACGAGUGUAGAAGUACCAUUUAACGUAUUUUUCGCUUUUUGGAAUAAUAAAAUGUCAGUGGUUUAAUUUUGCAUAAGAACCGAACGUUCUGGGCUUUGCGCCUUUUUUUCUCUGAGUUCAUAUUAACAAAUACAUGAUUAAUAACUGAAAACAUAUUUUACAGUGAAGAGAUGCUAUGCUAGCAAUAAUUUCGUGAGUAAAAACAUUAUUACUAGUCAAGACUAGAUAGAAAACCCUUUGAAUGAAUGAAGAGCGAAAAAAAGGAAGUUCUGAUUUGUUCACUAUAUAAUAUAAAUCUAAGAAGCUGGAGAAAAAUCAAAAUGGUUGUUUCUUUCCGUUCAGUCAGCCUCGUAAAUACUAAAUUAAGAAUUGCAGGAGCGAAUUUUUUGGGGGAAGCAGUAUCAGAAAAACUCACGCGACAACAACAAACGUCACAGCUCCCUGCAGGUAUAGUAAUAAGCAUUCAGGGUUUUACUCAGGAGGGAUACAAUUCAAGGCAGCAAGAGGCCCAAAAGACAGCAAUAAUUAUUUUAAUAUCAGGUGCUACGAUUCACAGCGUCAUUAUCAUUUGACCAUAAUAUCCCUUUUAUGUAUUCAGAGAAUCAUUACCUACAAAGCACCAGUUUAGAAAUUGUUGCUUUUUAUUGGAACAUGUGUAACUUAUAAUGUUUUGGUAAUAAAAAAAUAUUAAUGAAAAGGACACGAAAACUAAAGCGAUAUUCAACUAGUGCCACUGGGCCAAGUAAUUUAGUUCAAUUUGUAGUCUUAGAUCAAAGAGAAAAAAAAACUAAACAGGAACACUUGUAUGCUGAUACAAGUAAGUUUAUUAUUCUGCAUAGACUUCGGUAAAAUAAUUCAUUUUGUGGAGUCAUUUCAGAUCAUUUGCGACAUGUCAAGUGCUUCAAGGGUCGAGCUGUGCGUUUGACGAGUUAGAAUCAAACAUUUGAACAAUUAGACAAGUGUGUUAAUUGCCACUCCAAAGCGGCCGAAAAGUGCUAAUCUAAAAACAUUAUAUUGCCUCUUGUGCCAAUUUUCUCAUUAAGUGUCACCUGUGUCAUCUGCGGGUAAUGGGACUUCUUUUCUUUGUAAGACAGAAACAAGGUGCUUGCUUUUCAUUGUAGAGCGGAUAGAAAAUGGAAGUAACAUUCAAUCUUUGCAAUGAAGUUCUGAAGAAGUUCUAUGGUAAACCAGAGGACGUGUACCCACUAUAUCUGGUUAUGUGUGUUCUUAAUGGCGUUCUCUCUUUGACCUCGGUUUUGGGAAAUAUAAGUAUAAUCUUCGCGUUAAAGAAAACUUCAUCAAUUCCUUUGUCAACGCGAAUUCUAUUACAGUGUUUAGCGCUAACAGAUCUCGCCACUGGUUUCCUGGGCCAUCCUCUUUACAUCGCUAUCAUGUCAGGAAUUCGGCAAGAGUAUAGUUGUGAGAAUAUCCAUGUAAUACUAUUUUCAUUUUUCAUGAUAGAAGGUUUGUUACUUUCCGCAUCACUUACAACAGUGACUUUAAUGGGAGUGGAUCGGUUUCUGGCAAUUUUCUUGCAUCUUAGAUACAACGAACUAGUAACUCCAAAGCGAAUGGUCACCGUAGUACUUGCGUCGUGGAUUUUCGGACUAGCUACCACUAUCAUCUCUGUCUUCUGGUAUUUUAAGGCUGGGGAGACACUUUUGCUAAUUUUUGGUUAUAGCUGUACCCUUUUACUUAGCAUCAUACAGCUAUUUCGAGAAAGGUUGUCGGAAAAAGUGCACGCGACAAUCCAGAAAGGCAUUGUGGGUGGUUUUGAGUUCACAGUUCUUCAAAGAAAUUUGAAAGAAGUGGCACGAAAGGCCUCGAAAAUGUGUUUUUGAGUGUUAAAGGAAAGCAAAAAGUAGGUUCGAUAGUUAAAGUCGUCAGAAACAGUGUAUCGAUCAUAUCCCAUAUUACCUUUCGCGAUUGUCGCGUGCACAAUUUUCCGACAACCUUUCUCGAAAUAGCUGUAUACAUCCGGGUGAAACUUUUUCCGUCGCUCGUCAGCACGCAGCAAGCAUAAACAGCCAAGCGCAGGUGGCAAUACAUUUGUCAAAUUUCACAAGCAUGACUCGGAGCAAAAACUUGGCCAUCAAAACAUUUUAUGUAUAUGUUGUAUUUUUGCUGUGUUAUUGUCCUUAUUUAAUCGUCUUAACUGUGUUGUUUGUUAGUUCACGGCCGAGUACAACGAUGAAGGGAGCUGUUCAACUUACAACAGUUUUAAUGAUGCUCAAUUCAUCGCUAAACCCUCUGGUGUUUGGUUGGAAAAUGAGGGAAGUUUGUCAAAACGUUAAGAAUUAUUUUAAAAGUUAUUUUUUCCAUAAAUCAGAUGAAGCCUUCUUUCGGGUUACACGUUCAGCAGACAAACAUCAAAAAAUCGCAACUACUCCAGCUUAGUCCUAAGUAGAAAAUAAUAAUGCUGGCGGGAAACCUGUGUGUAACUCGUCGUCGAGAGCCUUCUUUAGCUUUAACAACUACAGAAGGCUGUUUUUUUUUCUUUUUUUUUUUUCUUUAAAUCCAUCAGAUAGUGUUAAGGCAUCAAAGGUUUUUAGUGCAUUUUGUCUGGGACUUAAACGGAUUUACUUUCAAGCAUGGAAUGCUUGCCAAGGGCAGUUUAUUUAGCUGUCAUUUUUCUGCCUUGCAUGUACGGUUUUAAUAAAACUAGUUAUUCGUGUUUAUUUGCAAUCUUUCUUGAUAGUUCAGUAACGUAUCUUUCGUGCAUUUACUACUGGGAGUGUGUCAAAGGAUAGCAUAGUAGCCUUUUCCAGGCGUUCAGAUAGUAGAGCCCGGGAGAAAAAUUCACGAAGAAAAAAAAAACGAGGGAAGACUAGAGGGGAAAAGGGGGAGAGAACGGUGCCCUCCCCCCGUUUUCCCGGUGUACAAUUUAACUCACCCCCCACUUACCGCCGCGCCCUACUAUUUGAACGCCUGGCAGGCUCAGCAUAGCUUAUUAAUAGUCAUUUGAUGCUGUGUACUUUGGUCACCUGUAAGGUGCUAUUUGCAGAUAUUUCUAACUUUAUAUAGGCAGGAGCCUAUCAAUUGAUGGGCUCCUGAUAUAGGGUAAACAGAGCCCGGGACAGAGCGAUCAGUAAAAGGUUUGUUAACUUUGCAAAUUUUGUUUGCUGAUCAGAGGCUGGUUUGCCAGUGUGGGUACGUAGAAAUACACGCAGGUAAAAUAAUAAAAUGCGGCUUGUUUCAAAGCAGGACAGGGUUGUAAAUCUUUUUCUUAUCGGCUGCACAAUAUAUCUAAGGAACAGAAGAGAAUAGAUAUAGAUUACGGGGAUACAUAAUAUGGAACUAAACGUCCGGAAUACUCGCACUAAGUGCCUCUAAUUCGGUUCCGAUUGGUUUAAAAACAACCAGCUCCUGUUACAACUGACACAUGCGCAGCAUCGUGACACAGUCCAUUUAAAUAAAAUAAACGAACAAACAAACAAAAUUAAACUUGGUUUCGUAUAUUUGGUUUAUCUUGUAUUCUUGUUAUGUUAUUGUCCGUACCUAAUCACUGUAACUUUUUUGCUAGUGAUUCCUCAGCCGAAUGCAGCGAUAAAGGGAGCCAUACAACUUACAACAGUUCAAGUGCUGCUCAAUUCAUCGUUAAAUACAGUCGUUUUCGGUUGGAAAAUGAAAGAAGUUCGACAGAUCGUUAAGAAUGAUUUAAAAAAUUUCAUGUUUUGGAAAGCAGAAGAUACUUUAUAAUCGAAAGUAUGCAUUUCUUUUCGGCAUUUAACUAGUAAGCACAUUGGAUCCCUAAGUAGGCGCUUCAUAAGUUUUAAAAAUCAUUUUAUCCCACCAGAUCAUGAAUAUCUGACCCAAAACACCUGUUAACUUCAAUCCAAUUGUUGGCUGUUGGCUUACAUGACACUGGCGAACACGCAGACUAUUUUAGUGCAUCUUACAUGAAAAAAACAUGACGAGGCUCGAAGAGCGAAAUAUAUUUCGAGGAUUUCAAAACUUCUAGAACAUUUUUAUUUUUACAUUUUACAUUUCUUAUACGUGCGUCGAAUGUGGUAAAGACGUGAUGUCUUAUUUUGCAAGUAGUUCAAGUUAUUCGAACACAUUCCUAGUCUCUGCAUUUACAAUUUCUCAAAAAUAAGGACAAUUAAACAUUCUAAAAACGCGACUGACCGAACGCAAACGAGCGACGAGGAAUGGUGACGUCCACAAUCACAUUGCUGAGCACCAUUUAAAGACGAAACAUCAAAUUGACUGGGACUCUGCGAUAUGUAUAACGUAUGCUACAGACUACUAUCAACGUCCUACUUUAGAAAGCUGGUUUACUUACUUAGAACAAACGCCACUGAAUCGUAGCCAACAGUUACCAGUGCCGUACAAACGACUUAUUGACGAGAUCAAGCAAAACUAACUACGAAAGAACGACUGGAGAACUGACAAUUUGACUAACAAUAGACGACUGUUUAACUGUGACAAUAGAAGGAUCGAAACGCACCAAUUACUUAUUACGAGUCUUCAUAGCCAAUCACGGCUUAACUGACAGACGACGAAUAACAUCGCGACGUAAUUGACCAACCAGAUCAAUAACCAGAGUAUAAUACCAUCAACUGACGUCAUACAACUCACUUUGACUCUGAAGAUGACUACCGAAAAGGUUGUCGAAACGUCAGUCACUGUCAACAAGAACAGUCCUCUUCAGGACUACGUUCACCCCGACGAUCAAACUCAACCUACUUUUGGUUCUAAAAAUUAUACCGGUGUGGUAAUUUUUCGACGAUCAAAAACGACUAAAAGCCGGCUAAUUAAUUUCCUGUUAUGUGUAAACGUAAACUAACAGCAUUUAGUAAGUUUUAUUAUAAUUUUUGUAUAAAUUACCUUCCAAACGUCACACGAACACGUAUAAUUAAUUAAAAGUCAUUUAUUAAGUGCGGAAGAUCUCCACCUGGUAAGUCAGAAGAGGCCGGCUGCUGCGGAUAGAGAAAAUGACAAUGUUAGCAUCACUCAAACUUUGCAAUGAGGUUUUGAUGAAGUAUUAUGGAAAACCUGAGGAAGUUUACCCUCUAUAUAUUGUAAUGUAUGUCCUUAAUGGUUUUCUCUCGGUCACGGCGGUUUUCGGAAACGCAAGCCUAAUUUUUGCGCUAAGGAAAACUUCAUCUAUUCCUUCGCCAACGCGAACUCUACUUCGGUUCUUGGCGAUAACAGACCUUACCACUGGGGUACUAGGCCAUCCACUCUACAUCGCCGUAAUUUCAAAAAUUCUGCAACAUUAUAGCUGCGAGAACGUCCGUGAAAUUUUGCUAGCAUUUUUCCUGAUACAAGCUUCGUUAACUGGUUGCUCAUUCAUGGUGUUGACUUUCAUCGGAGUGGAUAGGUUUCUUGCAAUUUAUUUGCAUCUUAGAUACAAUGAACUAGUCACUACAAAGCGAAUAAUCACCGUGGUACUUGCGUCGUGGACUUUUUCCCUGGCUACCAUUUUCAUAUGUGUCUUCUGGUAUUUUAAAGUUGGAGAAGUGGUUUGUCUUAUUGUUGCUUACUGCUCCACGUUUUUGCUCAGCAUCAUAUACAUUAAACUUUUUCUUGUCGCUCGACAACACGCAGCGAGCAUAAACAGCCAGGCACAAGUGGCAAUGCAUCUGUCAAGUUUCACAAGCAUGGCUCGAAUCAAGAACUUAGCCAUCAAAACCUUUUACGUAUAUCUUGUAUUUUUGUUGUGUUAUUGUCCGUACCUAAUCACUUUAACUGUUUUGCUAGCGAUUCCUCAGCCGAAUGCGGCGAUAAAGGGAGCCAUACAACUUACAACAGUUGUAAUGCUGCUCAAUUCAUCGUUAAAUCCAGUCGUUUUCGGUAGGAAAAUGAAAGAAGUUCGACAGAUCGUUAAGAAUGAUUUAAAA